AAAACUUAAAACUCCAAUUUUGCAUUAAAAAAUGCAUUACUUUGUGUUAUUUCCUAUAACAAUUCAUUAUAAAAACUAAAGGAUUUGGGGCUAAUUUUACAUGUGAGUUAAAGUCAGAACUGCCUUUAAUCAGAACCUGACCACAGGCUCCAGAGCCGCCCGUUACACACAAUUGAAACCUUCUGAAGCAGAAAGGAUGAGGAGAAAUGAAACGAAAUACCAUUCCUUUCCUAAAAUAAAACAGGACAGGCUGUGAGGCGACAGGUGGACACAAAGUCGGCCUCCUGGACUGUGUACAUCUCUGUGGCGACUUGAGUUCAAAAAGAUAACAUUUCUUUGCAAAAUUUGUCAAAAAUUGGUCCACAAUUAAUACAAACAAACCGAAAAAAUAAAUGAUUUGUGCACUUUUUACUCACUUACUAUCAUUAUGACUCAACUGACCAAAGGAAUCCCAAUCUCAUCAGAAGCAGCAAUGAGCGGUCAGUGUUGCUGACUAUUCGGGCAAAGCCCUUCGGCACCGCAGUCUUUAGAUCUUAGAGCGCAGCUGCAAAACCCGAGUCGCUGGAUGUGAGGACGACACGCAGCUGCCACUGUCCAUCACAGAGUUAACACACACACAGACCAACCGAGCUGCUGGAACACAAAGAGCUCAUGGCUGUUUGUGUCUACAAAACACACAGACGCACACAGUGAGGAUCUCUAUCAGGAUGGAAAUCUGAUCGAUCGUUUCUAUACAAGCUUUGAUCAGAGUGAUUAGAUUGGAACCAAUAUGAAGACGCUAGAACAAGUUCUUGUCCGUCUGCUGAUUUGGAUUCCUUUGGGUCAUAGCAUGCAAACAGCUCCACGCAUCAUCACCUUAUUAGAGACGGUAGAUGUGCUACUGGAUCACAAUGCAACCUUCAUCUGCGAGGUGGAGUCACGUCCACCCGCUCUCAUCACCUGGACCAAGAAUAACCAUCCAAUCAUGUACUAUGACACUCGCUACCUGACCAGAGAGCAGGGACAGAUGCUGGUGAUUCCCCACGUGAGAGAGUCUGACAACGGAGAGUACUGCUGCCUUGCCAACAAUGGCAUCGGGGAGCCUGCAAAGAGCUGUGGAGCACUACAGCUGAAGAUGAAGCCACAGAUCAAACAACAACCCAGAAAUCUAACCCUGGUGAUUACAUCUAAAGCAGUGCUGCCCUGUUUCACCCUCGGCAACCCCAAACCUGAAAUCACCUGGCUGAAAGACAACAAUCCUGUGAAGUUGAGCGAUAGUAUCACAAUUCUUGACAGUGGAGCAUUAAAGAUCCACAACAUCCAGAAAGAGGAUGCAGGGCAGUAUCGCUGUGUGGCCAAAAACAGCUUUGGGUUAGCUUUGUCAAAGCCCGUCACCAUCGAGGUACAAGCUCCAGCACGGAUCCUGCGUGCUCCAAAGGAAAAAAGAGUUCCCUCUGGCAGCCAGAUAACUCUCGAGUGCAACGCCACAGGAAUUCCAAUCCCCACAAUCACCUGGUUGGAAAAUGGGAAUGCUAUCUCUGGUGCAUCGGUGGACGAAACCAUAGUGGGAGAUGUGAUUCUGUCUGUUCUGAGAGUGACGGUGGUAAAGCCUGCGCUCUACACAUGUAUGGCUUCAAACAGACACAGUGGUGGAGCCAACACGGUCAAAGCAACUGCAGGAGUUACAGUUGCAGAGUGGAGGCUCUUUAAGAGCAGCUCUGGCUAUUGCAGUGCAUACCGCGGGGAUGUUUGCCGAACUGUUCUACGAGACGAUUUUCUGGUUUUCUUCAACUCCUCCCUCUCGGAUCCCGAGGACAUGCAGGAGUAUCUUGUUCGGAGCUGGUGGACAGAGCUGGAAGGACUCGGCGCGCUGUGCAGCCCUGCCCUGCUCUCACUGCUGUGCCACUCCUCCUUCCCCAACUGCAACCCAUCAGGCUUGGGGCCCUCUCCUAAGCCAGUGUGCAGAGAACAUUGUCUGGCAGUAAAAGAGUUGUACUGCUAUAAGGAGUGGUUGGUACUUGAAGGCAGCCGGUCAGUUCAGCCAGAGCUCUUUGACUCUGUCUUGGGGUCACAUUUGCUGCUCAAAUGUCCUUUACCAAGUCUGCACGCAGACCCAGAUGCCUGCACACAUGUUCCUUUUUUAGAUCUGAACAAAGAUGAGAUAACAACAACCUGUUACAAUGACAGAGGGCGCUUCUAUCAAGGCGGUGUGAACAUCACAAGGUCGGGGAUACCGUGUCAGCCCUGGAACCAACAGGUCCCUCACCAACAUCGUCUGUCUGUGGACGUUAUUCCAGAGCUGAAGAACUCUCACAACCACUGUAGGAACCCUGGUGGAAUCAGUGACAGGCCUUGGUGCUACACCUCCAACCCUAGCAUACGCUUGGAAUACUGUACUGUGCCACUAUGUGGGAAAACAAUCGUAACGCCAGUGAUAAAACCAGAGUCAACAAGGCAGAUCCCUCUUCUUCCUCCCACGACCUCCGUGUCCUCUCCUGCGUACUCCAUGUCCGUCAUCGUGAUCGUCUUGACCUCAUUUGCGAUCGCAGCCGUUCUCUCCAUUGUCAUCAUCAGCUGCCACAGGCGGAGGAAGCAUUGGAGAAACCGAAAAAGAGAGAUGAAGACGCCAGCGUUGAGCGCACUGCCGUCGGAGUUGCUGCUGGAUCGACUCCAUCCCAACCCCAUGUACCAGCGCGUUCCUCUGCUGCUGAACUCCAAGCUGCUGGCGUUGGAGUACCCGAGAAAUAAUAUUCAGUAUGUCCGGGACAUCGGAGAAGGAGCCUUUGGAAGGGUUUUUCAGGCCAGAGCACCAAGCCUCCUACCAGACGAGCCUUUCACAAUGGUGGCUGUGAAGAUGCUAAAGGAGGAAGCGUCCGCUGACAUGCAGAAUGACUUCCAGAGAGAGGCGGCACUCAUGGCUGAAUUCGACCAUCCCAACAUUGUUAAACUUCUAGGUGUGUGUGCUGUGGGGAAGCCCAUGUGUUUGUUGUUUGAGUACAUGGCUAAUGGCGAUCUCAACGAGUUCCUGCGUCGCCGCUCUCCAAGCCGCUCCAUGCACACCCUCAGCUGUCCCAGCAUCUCCAACCGCAGUUUCUCCUCCGAUCUGGAGGCGGGAUCUCUUUCCUGUGUGCAGCAGUUAUCAAUUUCCAAGCAGAUUGCGGCUGGAAUGGCCUACCUUUCAGAACGCAAGUUUGUCCACCGUGACCUGGCAACCCGAAAUUGUCUGGUAGGGGAGGAAAUGGUGGUAAAGAUUGCGGACUUUGGACUUUCGAGGAAUAUCUACUCAGCUGAUUACUACAAAGCCAACGAGAACGAUGCCAUUCCUAUUCGCUGGAUGCCCCCAGAGUCCAUUUUCUACAACCGCUACACAACAGAGUCGGAUGUUUGGGCCUACGGAGUGGCGCUAUGGGAGAUCUUCUCGCAUGGGAUGCAGCCGUAUUAUGGAAUGGGUCACGAGGAGGUCAUUUACUAUGUGAGGGACGGCCAGAUUCUUGCUUGUCCAGAGAACUGUCCUCUAGAGCUGUACAAUCUGAUGCGGCUCUGUUGGAGCAUACAACCCUCGGACAGACCGAGCUUUAGCAGCAUCCACCGGAUCCUGGAACGCAUGCAUCAGAACAAACUGAAUACAAAUACAGACACUGAGUCUGAAUGCAACGCUUUUACAGAAAUGUGUGUUCCUGUGCAAUAAAUCACGAAAGGAAUAUGUUGCCUUGAAACUAGGGGUGUAGCAAUUUGAUUUAUACCAUGAUUUGUGGUUGCUGACACAAUUCUUAUUGGUUAAUUUUAAUUCAAUUCACUUCAAGUUUAACCAGAGAUGAAUACCUGGUACUGAACAGUGCAGGUGAAAUUUUCCAAAUUUCUUGUAUUUCCUGCAAGAUUAUCAAAAGUAAAGAAAAUACUGCCUCGUUUCCACUGAGCGGUAUGGACCAGACCAGUCCCCUCUUGGCCGGUUUAGAAUGGUCUGGGCAAUUCAAAUGAGGGCUUCCAUUGAGCGUUGGACCAUCAAAGCGAAUGUGGGAUGUAGACCGAUGACGUAGCUGUGCAAAAUGGUGCGACUACAGCAAAAGAGAAGCUGUAUCAGCUGACGGACGGAAUAUUAAAAAGAUAACUGCAGAGGAUAAUUAUAAUCUGGAGCAGGGGUUUAUUACGGAUGAAUCUGGUCUCUACGCUGCAGAACAGUCUAUUGUUCUGAAUUAAAAGAAAAAAAAACUCUUUAUGUUGAGUCAUACUUCAAAUGUCAGUUUGUCAAAUGAGGUUGUCUCUGUGUUCGUGGAUUAUUCGGUGUGUCUUCGAUUCCCAACCCCUGCGAAUAAGGAGGAAUACUAUAUGAAAAUAAUUUAUCAUAGCGGGGGGUGAAGAAGAAUCCAGCCGAAAAGAAAGAGGACAAAACUUUUGCUUUGGAUCUUGAGUUGGGAAAAGCGCUGGUUGGACGCUUCCUGUAGUUAUAAAAUUUUUCGACCAAUCAAUGGGUUAUAUCGUGUGAUGACAGAAGCUCCGCCCUAAUAGGUCCAUACCAUUUUUCUAUGGACCUAUGACCAACGGGGGACCAGAAAUGGUACCAGUCUGUCCUGCUAAACAGGUUAAUUUUGAAAUGGAAAUGUUCAAAAGUCCAGGCCGGCCUGGUCCAGUCCGGUCUUGAUCGCUCAGAGGAAACAAGGCAUAAGUAUACAAAUAAGCAAAUAGACAAGAAUUAAUGGCAAAUCUAUCAUAAAGUUCAACACAUGGUUGUUUAUCAACACAAAAAUAAUACAAACGUAAUAAGAACAUUGUACUAUGGAGAGAAAAUAGUUCCAUCAGUAGUUACACAAAUACAGACACAAGUUACAAAAUCAGGAAUUACACACACACAAAUCCAAUGGAACUGGUUACGUUUGCCAGGGGUGACCAAAGUCAGUCCUGGAGGGCCGGUGUCCUACAUGUUUUCCAACCAACCUGCCAGUGAAACUCCUUAUCGGCUAAACACAUCUGAUCCAGGUAAUCAGAUAAGGUGCAGAUAAGGCAGGAUUUCUGGAAAACCAGCAGGAGGCCGGCCCUCGAGGACUGACUUUGGACACCCUUGUUCUAAGCGUUUCCACAGAUUGGACUGUAAUGAUGGCUUGAUCAUUGUCCACUGUGAUAGUCAUUUUUAUGUUAUAGUUGAAUAAACCAACAGUGCAUUAAAAAUUGUGUUUUCCAAUAUUUAUAUAGUCAAUUUCUUUCAUUUUUAAACAAUUCUUUAAGAACUUGCCUCAGACAGAUUGAUCUGGUUGGAUUGUAGGAAUAGAAAUUGAUUAAUUGAUUAAGUCGGUUAAUCGCUGCACCCCUACUUGAAACAAGUGUGUGUCUGGAAUCCAAAUCACUAAUCUAAUGUUUUCCUUUACAUGUACACCCUAUUUAAAUUACCAAUAUUUUGUGUGACGUUUUUAUUUUUUUACUUAAUAUUUCUUUUUAUUCACUUGGUUUAACAGUGGUUGUCCAUCAAAUACUUUGUAUCUGUUGAGUACCAAAGUAAAUAAUUUGAAUUUUGGGUAUAUUUGAUAUAAAUAGUUUUAAUUUUUUUUGUGUUUUUUUUAACCCUUUAACACUUGAGCUUUAGCUUCACUGUUGACAUUCUUUCAACUACCGUAACGAUUUAACCGUUUACACAAUUAGCAUAUUUCCAGGGAGUUCUGAAGUAUUUUACGCAAUUCUCAUAAAUUAAUGGACUUUUUUGUGGAGAAAAGCGACUUUGAGUUGUUACGUAAUAAUUAAUGCUCAAAAGGUUUUGUAUAUCGUUCCAAAGUUGAUAUGAAAGCCACAUCAGAAUCAACUGGUUCCUGCUGAUCAGGAAAACAGUCGUAGAGCAUCUGUAUGUCAGAGCGUGUGUUAUUUAGGUGUCGCCGGCGGUAUCUCCAGUGUUAAAGGGUUAAUAACUGCAAUUACUUCUUGGGUUUUAUUGUACCAUACUUGUUCUUUUUUCUGAUUCUUAUAUGCACUUUGCAUGCAGAUUACAUGUGUUCUUGUAAUUGAAACAACACACAAGAGCUUUGUGCAACAACUAUUGUGAUGUCAACUUUACAGUUUUCCUAACUCCUUUUUUUUUUAAACUGGGGAAGACUACAUCAUGAGGGUAACGGAUUUUUCACUGACAACGUGCAGGAAAUCCAACAAAGUGUUGUGUAUUUACAAACUUUUGUGAUCGAGUCACUUUGAACUAAUUCCACAUUCACACACAAUCACUUUAACUCUUUUGUGUUUGGUUAUUUUAGUGAAAAGUUAUUCCAUUUUGGGGCAUUGUUCUUUUUUUUCAAUUUCUUUUUCUUUUGUUUUAUUGUUAGUUUUAAAUUUUACAAAUGAGUUGAUUGUUCUGAUAGUUUAUCAAUCAUCAAUGGAAUUUGUUGUAGAAAAUAUUAAGUUAGUUGACUAAAAUUGAUUUCAGACUCAAAAAUACACGUUUAUUUUAACAAACAGGAUAAACUGGUUAUUAUGGUAGUUUUAUUUACCAUAUUUGUCAAGUCUAAAUAAAUUCCCACUUGGUACAUUUUAAAUAAAACAAUAU